CACCAGACCACAGCACAACCAUCAUGUUCGCCAUUCAGCCGAAAACACAAUCCUCGGAGUCAGGAGCUGACUCCGCUACCACAUGCUGCACACCCAAUGUCCUCCCCUGCCGCAUCCACCACAAUGGCGCCGUGAAGUCGAUAGGCCGGUAUUGGAGUCCUGUGGCUGAUGAAAAAGAUCAAAACAGUCAAACCGCAUACUUCCGUGGCCGUAAACUCCGAGGUCGACGCGUUGCCGUCCCCGAGGGCUACGAAGGCGUCGUCGCGACCCCAACGGAACGGACAAUUCGCCCGGCGCAGAACAAUACAGUGAUGGAGACGGAUGAAGCCGAACCAGAAGAACCUGUCAAGGUUCUAGAGAAACAGGCGACGUUUCAGGAUGUCAUGGUUUGGGGGCAUGAGUUUAUGCCUGCAGCCGAUGACCCUUUUGUUAGGGGGGUUGAGGAGUGGGUGAGAUUUGCUGAGGCGAUGCAUGGUUCGAGUGGUGGUAACGAUAAGAGUUCGACUUGAAUCUCGACCACUGCGUUUACAGCUUGAUGCUUCACGGCGGUCCGACACUGCUUUACUACGGUUGUGGUUGAAAUUGCGGAAUUAUACUCUAUGUCGAUAACUAGCUCGCUGGAUCGAGCGUGACUACUUUGCAUAUUUCGCAUGGCAUGCAUUGCCAGUAUUGAACCGAAAUCAAAAGGGAAGGAUUGCUGUCAUUGCGAAGGAAUCCCCUGCCCGCGUACUGCUAGGACUGGCUUCAGAGAAUGGAAGCCAGGAUAACAGCAACCAGGGCAUCAGUCUGCCAAAUAUAUCUAUGUGCAAGAGACUAUCGACGAGGGCAAUGGGAUAUCCAUAUGAGAUUACUGACCCUAUGCGAGUUGCCCCAAUAGGAGAGGAAACUAUCUAUAUGCCAGAGAAAUACAAUUCAAC